AUGGUGUUCUACACGACUCUGAAUUUGUUUGGCAACUUGAUAUUCGGGGCAAACAUGUGCGAUCCGCAUGAUCCAGCUUCCGCGGAGCUCAAAAAUACAAUCUGGAAAAUAAUGAAGCUCGUCGCAAUGCCCAACAUGGCGGACUAUUUUCCGUUUCUCCGGUUCCUCGACCCCCAGGGCGUGUCCUGUGCGAUGACCAGACAUUUAAGGUUAUUGUAUAACUUUUCUGAUGCGUUCAUACAGAAAAGGCUCGCCAGCACCAGCCAAAGCGUUAAGCCUGACGACUCCGAGAAGGAUUUUCCGGGUGUUCUAUUGGAUUCCAGAAGUGGGGAUUUUACGUCCCUCUCUGGCAUUCGAGCCUUGGUAGCUGUGAGUAGUACUGAAAAGUCUUUUAUUUUCUAUAAAUCUCUGGUAUUUCUCCAGAUCUCUAAUUGUGCUCUCUGGUUUCAGGAGUUGUUUGCUGCGGGUACUGAAACGACCACUACAUUAACAAUAGAAUGGGCCAUCGCCGAAUUCAUUCGCAAUCCACAGAAAUUAAACCGAGUCCGUCAGGAAUUGAAUGAAGUUGUUGGUUGCAAUAGAAGACUAGAAGAAUCUGUCGUAGACCGUCAGCCUUAUCUCCAUGCAGCCGUGAAGGAAACAUUGCGAUUGCAUCCGGCAGUUCCAGUGAUUGUCCCACACGAAGCUGAAAGCUCCUGCGAGAUCGGGGGAUUUACGAUACCCAAACAUAGCCAGGUAGUCCUGAACGUGUGGGCCAUUGGGAGGGAUCCUUCGGUUUGGAAGAAUCCCUCGGAAUUUAUGCCGGAGAGAUUUUUGGAGGGAGAGAAUAGCAAGAUAGAAUACAGUGGACAAAACUUUGAGCUAAUUCCAUUCGGAGCAGGAAGAAGAAUGUGUCCGGCGAUCCCAUUGGCAAGUCGUACGAUUCAUAUUGUUGUGGCUUCCUAA